AUGGGCGACUACUCUUGCGUCUGCCCUUCUCCUCUCCUUUGGGACGAUGCUAACAAACUUUGUAUGCUCGUGAGCGUCUGUGACGUAGGCGGACAAGUUUGCUCGCAGGAGGGGACGGAAAAAUGUUUGUUGUCUCGCCUCGAUGAGGCUGACUGUCAUUGCAAGCAGGGAUACGAGGGCAGCGACUGUUCACAGCUCAUCGACGCCUGCGAGAAACGCAUUAAUCCGGUGAGUGGAUCUGCCUAA